AUGGGGUACUACCUCACAGAUGGAAUUUAUCCAAAUUGGGCUACGUUCAUUCAAGGAUUUUCUCGUCCCCAACUUGAAACGGAAAGGUUGUUUGCUAACAGACAAGCGCUUGUUCGUAAGGAUGUUGAACGUGCGUUCGUAGUUUUGCAAGCAAGAUUCGCCAUUUUACGACAACCAUCUCUGGCUUACGAUGAAGAUAUAUUAGGCGACAUAAUGAAGGCUUGUAUCAUCAUACACAAUGUGAUAGUUGAGGAUGAACGAGAUAUGUAUGUCCGAGCUGAUGUGUUACGAAGGUACUAUGAAGAAGACCUUUCGAGCUUAACCGCAACAGUGAAUAAUGGUGAACCUUUUGAGUUCCAGACUGGACAACCCUUCUCCAUUAACGCAUUAUUGGGGAGAAUAAUAGCUUUGCGAAGCAGUCAAACUCAUCACUCUUUGAAAGAGGAUUUAAUUGAGCAUAACUGGCAAAAAUAUGGAGGCAAUAAUCAUUAA